AUUAAAAUGCUACCAAUGUGGAUUUUUUUGUGUUUAGAUAGAAUGAAAGUAGCUGGAAGAACUCCUAACACUGUGAGGACUGGAGAGAGAUCAAUGUGCACUUGCAUGCUCUGAAAGAUGAACAUAUAUAAGAGAGGUCCCUGAGAGCCAGAGGCAGACAGAGAGCCAGGCCGAGCCUCUAGGGUGAUUCUGGACCUCCUGUUCCGCUGGUCUAUCUAGUCCCUGAUCCGAGGAUGCCGAACUGGGGCGGGGGUGCUAAGUGUGCAGCCUGUGAGAAAACCGUGUACCACGCUGAGGAAAUCCAGUGUAAUGGGCGGAGCUUCCACAAACCCUGCUUCAUCUGCAUGACUUGUAGGAAAGGCCUGGACAGCACCACCGUCGCAGCUCACGAGUCAGAAAUCUACUGUAAAUCCUGCUACGGCAAGAAAUACGGACCGAAGGGGUACGGGUACGGUCAGGGUGCCGGGGCUCUGAGCUCAGACCCUGUGGAUACCCAACACCUCCAGCCUGCUGAUCCUCAAGCUCCCCGUCCCUCCAGUGACUCUAAUCCCAGUAAAUUUUCUCAGAAGUUCGGCAGCACUGAUCGCUGCCCGCGAUGCUCCAAGGCCGUUUAUGCUGCAGAGAAGAUCAUGGGGGCAGGAAAGCCGUGGCAUAAGACGUGUUUCCGGUGUCUGCUGUGUGGGAAGAGCCUGGAGUCUACAACAGUGACUGAUAAAGAUGGAGAGCUCUACUGUAAAGUCUGCUAUGCCAAAAACUUUGGACCCAAGGGGCGUGGCCUGGGAAACAUGGGUGUGGUUGAAGGACAAUGACCAGAUUUGAUCUGCUGUCCAUUAAAUAAACAGACGCUUGUGUGGAAAGAUGACAUUAAACUACUUGUUUGUU